CUGUAGAUAUGAUCUGUUUUUGUGUGCUUAUGCUUUUAUGAAUCUACUGCUGCAAGGAAUAACCUCUGAGGAUUUCCUGCUGUAAAUGAUUUAGCCAUUCUCUGCUCAGCUUUGAUGCCAUUUGUGUGACAUGCAGCCAGACAAGGACCUAAACCCCGACACGGAUGAUCUUCUGCUCCGAGCCAAUACUAACCACAUACUUGUCAGACAUUAUAUGCUGGACCUGACUGUUCAUUUUGACAGGAAGGUCAUUAGUGGUAGUGUCGUUCUGUUCCUGGAGCCUUCCUCUGGAUUGGGGACUAAGGCUGAGGAUGACAUUGGACCUGGAGCUAGGACUAUAGAGGCCGGAGGGAGUCAGGAUGUGUUAAUGUGCAGAUCUCAGGAUGUGGAUACAGUGGAAGAUCGUACAAAAAGACCUGGGGAGACUACGGCAAGUGUAGAGAAGACGCUUGGUGCUAGAGAAAGAGAUAAAGCUGAAUUUCAGGGUCUGACUGCUGCUGAAACCGAAAAUAUUCAGUCUUCACAUUUGUGGGAAACCACCAGUGAUCGGGAUUUCACCUUGGUGCUGGACUGCUGUGACCUCCAUGUGUCAAAGGUGGACGAGGUGGACAUCACCUCUGUGUCAGCCACAUCUGGCCUCCAACCAGAGUUCGCAUCUGAGAUGUCAGGUGUCAGUUCAGUGAACCCACAAACAGCCUUUAUUCAGAACCUUAUCUCCAUGCCUUCUAGCCGAUGGAGGCAGAAGCACCAGCUCUUUUCGCUAUGCAGCCGUGCCCCUGGUGCUCAGGAUGGCAGCUCACUGCAUUUUCAUAGAGACCGAUGGAGUCUGCAGGUGAGGAAGAAGGGGGUGGCGUCACCGCAGGAGUUCCCUCGUGCUCUCAGGAUCUGCUAUGAGACGACACCAACAGGAGGCUCUGUGAGGUGGACCAAAGACCAAGACGACAGGGUGUGUGUUUACACCGCCGGUUCUCCCAUCAACAACCGAGCCCUCUUCCCCUGCCAGGAGCCUCCUGUUGCCAUGUCUACAUGGCAGGCAACAUUACGGGCCCCCAGUGAGUGUGUGGUUUUGAUGAGUGGGGAGGAGCAGACUGUACCUAUUGAGGACGGGGACACACGCUUCUUAAUCUGGAAUUACUACGUCACUAUGCCCAUGCCCGCCUCCACCUUUACUUUGGCAGUCGGCCACUGGCGCCAAGUCACAGCAGAAAUUCCCCCAGCAUGGGAAAAAGGGGUGAGGACAGAUUGUCAUAAGACUGCCAAACUCGGGGCUGGACUUUGGGAACGGACCGAGGCUGACCUUAUGUCUGGACUUGGGUGCUCCAUCAGCGAAGUAGUAAAGGGCUCUCCACUCAAGACUGGCAGCGGAGACCAGACCACCAGCUCAGGCUCUGCAUUCUGUUACUCUUCGCAUGAGGAUGCAAAGCUCUCAGGCAUGGUGGAUGACGGCAUCUCUUGUUCCCAUGACGACUACCCAUGCCGAUUCACUGAGGAGUCGGCAAGGUCCCAGCGGGUGAUACCACACCGUGUGUUUGGCCCCGUCUGCUUGCUGGAGAAGGUCCAGACGGGAGUCCUCGAGUUGUUGCCUCGAUGUUUGGCUGCAGCCCACACCAUACUGGGGGUCCAUCCCUUUCCCCGCCUUGAUGUUCUCAUCGUUCCUGCAGGGUUCUCCAGUCUGGGCAUGGCCAGCCCCCAUAUAAUGUUCGUGUCCCAGAGUGUGUUGUGCUCUGGAAGUCCUGGUUCUGGAGAGGACAGCCUGUCUCUGUGCGGGUCCAGGAUGUGCCAUGAGAUCGCCCACUCGUGGUUCGGCCUGGUUAUCGGAGCCAGAGACUGGACUGAGGAAUGGAUCAGCGAGGGCUUUGCCACCUACCUGGAGGACAUUAUCUGGGCACAAGCACAACAACUCUCCUUACAAGAGGCAGCAGAACAGUCUGACCUGAAGGCACUGCUGAGGUGGAGACGACUCUCUGAUGAGUUGCAGAACUCAGAGGAGGCACUUCAAAUCCUGAGACCUAACAUGGAGAACACUGGUCAGGUCAGUGAGUCCGGCUCCUCCACGGUUAAACAUGCACUCAACCCUGAUAAAAGCUUCAUGCAAGUCCACUACCUCAAGGGUUACUUCCUUCUCCGGUUCUUGGCCAGUCAAGUGGGAGAGCAGCAAUUCAUCGACUUCUUCAGAUUGUUUGUAAAGAAAUACCAUGGGCAACUCAUUUUGUCUCAGGAUUUCCUGCGAAUGCUGCUGAUUACCUUUCCCGACAUGGAGAGAAAAGACCUCACCCUCAGUGCUAUUUAUGCCGACUGGCUCGAUCGACCGGGAAUUCCAAAGUGGCUGUAUGAAAGGAGCGCCGUGUGGUCACAGGCAAGGCUGGUGGAAGAAGUCAAAGCAGAGGUUGUAAAAUGGAUUCUCCUCAGUCAGAGCCAUCAGGGGAAGGGCAGAAAGCGGAAGAGAAUACAGCCCAAGGUGAACUACAAAGAGCUGACGUCAGAGCAGCUAGUGGUGCUUUUGGAGCUUCUGCUCGAGGAAGAGGAGCUAAGUGCAGCAACAAUGCGCGCUCUGAAGAGAACGUACAGCCUACAGAAUCAAGACGCUGAAGUCCGACAUCGCUGGUGUGAGCUGGUGGUCAAACAUGCAGACACUCGGUCUUACGGAGACGUGGAACACUUUCUGGUUCAUCACCAAGCCAUGGGUGUGUAUCUGUACGGGGAGCUGAUGGUUCAGGAGGAUCCUGAGCAGCAGACUCUGGCCCGUCGCUGCCUCUCAUUGGUCCAGGAAGAAAUGGACCAAUCGGCACGCAGAGUGGUGGAGGAGAUGGUCCUAUGACAUUAGAGGUUGCCGACUACAGACUGAGAUGACAGGAGCUUGGCACACGGAGCGUACGAGGGUCCGGCGCUCACCUCCUCUUCCUCUGCGAGACAGGAGUCCUACGCUGCAAAAUCGCUCAGCAGUGUGAACACCAGAAGGCUGCACUCUUACUCUACAGCCGAGGCCAACUGGCAAGAUUUAGAGCACAGCAGUUAUGUCCAUUCAAGUCUAAAGAAAUAACUGGCGUUUGUGUGAGAACCAAUAACAAUUCAAGCUGUUCUUAGAGAUGCAAUGUUGUUUACUACAUUAUCGCUGUGCUAAGAGAGACACAUUACAUAAUUCCACCUGUUUUAAAAAUGAUAGAUACUGGGAAAAGGGAGAUAUUUCAUGGACAGAGACGCUGCACAUCCAUCCAUGUUUAAAGAACCUGAGCUGCUGUGUUUAAGUUAGUUUCUGUGUGUGUAGGUGUGACUUCAUGUCUGUUUAGUCUGAAGCCAUGAUCUGGUUCUUUAGACAGGAAGUUUAGACAGGAAAUACUUUCAGGUGAGUCACAUUUACUUCACACUGGCCAGUAACACUGGAAAAUAUGUGUAAAUUAUGGUUUUCUAACUACUGUGCGAACAAAUAAUCAUGUUAAACUUUUUUUUUAAACUUUUGAUAUGUUCAAGUUAAAAUAAAAAUAUUUUCCUAAAAUAAAUGCGACUUCUUUUAAA